GCAUGCGUAUUAUAUGAUUCGGAAUAACGGAGCGUAGAUAAAUGUCAAAUUCAGUUGACGCUGUUCCGUAUUCAGAAAGAUCGGAAGUGGACAAGAUUAAUUAAAUACAAAGGAAAUGAGAAUUGAUAAACAUGCUUAGUGCUAAUUACGCACACACUACGUCUUUCCAAACAGAAUGCAAGCAAUCUCUCUAUAAUUAUCUACUUUUCGUACCUUAUAACACAUAUCACAUCACAAACAUAACCUCUGAGAUAUUUAUACGCUAAUUUGUUUUAGUAUAAAAUUCAUAGAAAUUGAAAUACUAUUGACCAGCAGUUAAUCUUAUUCGUUGCAUUACCCCGUACUUUAUUACUAUAUUAUUGCAUUAUGCUAUUUAUAACAUGGACAAAGUGCCGAAAAUUUGUUUCACUGUUUACAUCAACCGAUGUAAUAGCUCCAAAGAGGCGUGAUUGGGCAACAGGUUUGCUUGUUUCUAUGGAAGAUCCUCAGUAUAAAGUAAAGGAAAAUGAUAAAGUUGUUGUCAUCAAAGAUAAAUAUCCAAAAGCCCAAUAUCACUAUUUAGUUAUACCAAAAGCAGACAUUCCAUCUCUGUGGCACAUAAAAAAAGAAAAUGAAGAUUUAUUGUUCCACAUGCAUAGCGUUGCUGAAGAUUUAACUCAAGAGCAUAAAGAGUCUGAGUUCCUUAUUGGAUACCAUGCUGUACCAAGCAUGCACAGAUUACAUUUACACGUAAUAAGUACAGAUUUUAAUAGUCCUUGUCUAAAGACCAAGUAUCAUUGGAAUUCGUUUACAACUCCCUUCUUCUUACAUUCAGCAGACAUUUGCCACCAGUUACGCGAGAAAGGUGAACUGAAAAAAUUGAAAUCGGAGGAGAGCGCGCAACACUUGAAUACUCCGCUAAAGUGUCACAAAUGCCCAACCAUUUCAAAGAAUAUGCCGGAUUUAAAAAAGCAUCUGUUGGCGCAUUUGUCAAAUUAAUCAGAAAAAUCUCUUCCUAUGCCUGUUUUUACGCAAGUAACCAUCGCUACUGUAGCACGCAAAAUACUUCGAAGAAAAUAAUCAAUUAUUCAAAUGACUAGAUGUGCUUUUUAUAUGGUAAUUCCUUAAGUUACAGGAAAAUUCAUUAAUAAAUGUACUCUUAUGCAAUAUGGAUUAAUGUUAAUGGAAUUAAAUACUUACGUUCCAAUGUCGUCAAGACAUUUUUAGAGUGCCAUAUGAUGUUAAGUAUCUUGUAAUUAGUUUAUAAUGUACAAUAAUUGUAGUGUAAAUAUACAUUCUGUAUAUACUUACCAAGAA